UGCCGCCCUUUCUCCCAAGCAUGUUUCCCUUCUAGUAAAGGAGGCUCCACCUCUGCUAGGGAUUGAUUCGCCCAGCAAUUUUUAGGAUAAUUUAUGGAGCAACCUGAUGAGCCUAUUGGGCGAGUUGCUCGGUCCUUGUAGAGUGGCUUCCUACCUGUUUGGGUGCUUGAUUUUUUAUUUAAUUUCCCCCUUCCCCUCCCCUCCCUCUGCCUGCCGUGUGCCGGUGGGGGGGGGAGAACGGUGGGAUUGGCAGGGUCGCUAUUCCCCAGCCUCUCCGGAGAAAACUCGGGGACGGGAGAGGGCCUUCCCGCUCAUGGAUACGUGGGGGGGGCCCGCUCCCCGCUGGAGCCGCCGCCGCGGAGCCCGGCUGCUGCUGCUGCUGCUGACCGUGCGGCUGGGGAGCGGAGCUGAUAAAGCAGAUGAUGAAGAUGAUGAAGAUCUAACAGUGAAUAAAACAUGGGUACUUGCACCAAAGAUUCACGGAGGGGAUGUAACUCACAUACUGGACUCUUUACUUCAAGGAUAUGACAAUAAGCUUCGGCCAGAUAUUGGAGUGAGAACUACAGUGAUUGAAACAGAUGUCUAUGUUAACAGCAUUGGCCCAGUUGACCCAAUUAAUAUGGAAUACACUAUAGACAUAAUUUUUGCCCAGACUUGGUAUGACAGUCGUUUAAAAUUUAACAGCUCAAUGAAGGUGCUUAUGCUUAAUAGCAAUAUGGUUGGAAAAAUUUGGAUUCCAGACACUUUCUUCCGGAACUCAAGGAAAUCUGAUGCUCACUGGAUUACAACUCCAAAUCGUUUGCUUCGAAUCUGGAGUGAUGGAAGAGUAUUAUACACUCUAAGGCUGACAAUUAAUGCUGAAUGUUAUCUUCAGCUUCAUAACUUUCCUAUGGAUGAACACUCCUGUCCACUGGAGUUUUCAAGCUAUGGAUAUCCCAGAAAUGAAAUUGAAUACAAAUGGAAGAAAACCUCCGUUGAAGUGGCGGAUCCAAAAUACUGGAGAUUGUAUCAGUUUGCAUUUGUAGGGUUACGAAAUACAACUGAAAUUUCUCAUACUUUGUCUGGUGAUUAUAUUAUUAUGACAAUCUUCUUUGAUCUCAGCAGACGUAUGGGGUAUUUUACUAUUCAGACGUACAUUCCUUGUAUACUCACAGUUGUUCUUUCAUGGGUGUCAUUUUGGAUCAAUAAGGAUGCAGUUCCUGCAAGAACUUCUCUCGGCAUUACAACAGUGCUGACCAUGACAACACUGAGUACAAUUGCAAGGAAGUCACUCCCAAAGGUUUCCUACGUGACAGCAAUGGACCUUUUUGUUUCAGUUUGCUUCAUUUUUGUGUUUGCUGCCUUGAUGGAGUAUGGCACACUGCAUUACUUCACCAGCAACAGAAAAGGAGACAAGGGAAAAGAAAAGAAGACAAAGUCUAAGCCAUCAAAAGCACCUGCAAUUGCUGUUCGACCUGGAUCAACACUAAUUCCAAUUAAUAACAUUAAUCAUCUCCCUGAACGUGAUGAUGAUUAUGGAUAUGAGUGCCUAGAAGGGAAAGACUGUGCUAGCUUCUUUUGUUGUUUUGAAGACUGCCGCACAGGAUCUUGGAGAGAAGGAAGAAUACACAUCCGCAUUGCAAAAAUUGACUCCUAUUCUCGAAUAUUCUUUCCAACUGCCUUUGCAUUGUUCAAUCUCGUUUACUGGAUUGGCUAUCUUUAUCUAUAAGUUUCAGAGGUUUGACAAACUCAGAAAAAAAUUGCAAAUUGAACAGUCAGUAACACUUUUCAGUGAGCAGUCAGAGAUUAGAGCUGGUCCAAAAUGACUCACAUUGUUUGGAUACUUAAAAAAAAUUUGAAACAAUGAGAGGACAUAUGGUGAUGUGGUCUCCCUCUUGUGAUCAACUAUAGAAAUGAUAUUGGUAUUUUGAAGAGAAAAUAUAAAUAUCCCUGAGAUUUAACUUGCCUGAGCAUGUACAUAUUUUGUCCAGCUCUAACAAAAUGCAGAGUCAAGAGGCUAUGUUAUUUAACUGGACAGUUCUACAUAAGCUUUCAAUUUUCAUUCUAAGUGAUAAUGCAGAUGAAUUUUGUAGCAUCUCUUACACCUUUACAAAGAAAGCCUUAACAAAAUGGGAUUAAUUAUUCUCAUCCAUUUCAUCCAUAAGGUGAUGAUUUUAUUAAUCCUUGAUUUAAAAUGUUGAAAUGGAACAUUUCUAUUUUUUCAACUAGCCAUUUGUUCUCUGCAGUAUGUUAAAAAGAGUGAUUAAGUCAUAAUUAAUCACAGUCAUAUUUAUACAGAACACAGAGAUUAGAGCAGCGAGAAAUGGAUAUAUCACUAAAACCCCAAAGGUAAUUCUGAGCUUGUCUUAUCCUGACUGUUGGUGUAGGCUUUUGGCUUUCAACCUUAGAUUACAUGUAUGUCUGUGCUCCAUCUGCCGUUACUUCUCUGUUGUGAUUACCCCAAAGUUUUCCAAGAGGGCUACAACUUUCAAAAAUUCCUAGCCAGCUGCCAUUGUUUGCUCAUUUCAUGGAAACCAGAAUGAAGUUGGCUGAGAUUCUGGCCAUUGAGUAUAAUGCUGUUCAUGUUCUCCCCAUUCCCUUCUUUGUCUGAUUCAUACUCGGGGCCAGAGAAAAAGUCAUAACUCUACAUGUGACA